AUGCAUAGCGCCCAAAGUUCCUUUCUCUGGGUCUCUGAGGGCACUGAGAUCACUACUGAGGCUAAGCCCAGCCUUCAGUUACCGUCUCGGACAUGGAUUAUCACCGAAAAUCUCGAAGCGCUGUCCUUUUUCAUGACGCAGCAGGAUAUCGACGAUGGUCAUAAGCCCGGAUUCGUUGCCGCAAAGUUUCUCUGCUACCCGAAGGACGACCCGAAAAAGCUAGCAUUUAUGCGAAUUUAUCGUCAAAUCCCUAUCUUUGGCUCCGAAUUUGCCCCCUCUAGUAUCCGAGCAAGCCAGGCAAUGCCGCAAAAGUCGAAUAGGGAGUUGACGGCCUUCAAGACACUGAAGCACCUGGCAUGUCCUGUCGUUCCCCAACUCCUGGGUUACCAAGAAGGAACGCAGGGAGAUAACGAAAUCGUCCCUGGUGGGUAUGAAAUCUUGAUUGUUUGGGAGAAAGUGCCGGGAGAGCCUCUAUCUCAGGACUAUUUUUGGAGUCUUAAUGAACAGCAGCGCGAUAGUAUCCGCGAAGAAUUUCACCAGGUCUACCAGCAGCUUUUGUGGUGCGGUUUCCAGCCAUUUAUGGCCACCUCCUCGAAGCUCAUAUAUGAUGAGUCUACUGGAAAGAUUCACAUUUCCGGGUUUCGGAUGGCAGCCCCUUGUGAUACAAACAAACGGUUUCGGAAAGCAGACUAUGUCAUGUACGGAUUGGCUAAGCGAUCUGACCGGACAGGUUGGUACAAUGACGACAGUGAAUGGAAAUGGUAA